AUGCUCCGCCAGUUGCCGCCACCACCUCUGCUGCUGCGUCACUCGAGAACAAAGAAGAAAAGAAAGGAUCUCGCCGGCCACCACAAGAGAGACGCGUUCUGUUCAACAUCAUGUCCGGAAAAUCGAUGUCAAAGUGUUGAGGUGUUGUCGGGGAAGAGUUUAGAAUGCCGUGAAGGUUCUGAUCUUCGGCCCGGUGAUCAGAAUUACCCUUCCUUCCCGGUGAAUGACUCACUCUGA